CGCUCAGCCUGGGAAUCUGCUGCUCACUUUGCCCCUCCCCCCUCUGCUUCUGCUCUGUCUCUUGCUUUCUCUCUCUCAAAUAAAUAAAUAAAAAUCUUUUAAAAAAUAAUUAAAUGUACUCAGGAUUUGUUUUAAUGAGGCGUGGUAAGACACACACAAAUGGCUGUCACGAAGUAGGAAGUUUUUAUACUUCCAGAUCCCUAGAAACAGGAGGUAAAGCAUGCCAAGCCAUGCAAGGAGGGCCACAUGGGGAAACACUAGGCUUGGUCAGGAGGCAGAGGGAGUGGAAGGGAAACUGGAAAACCCUGUAUUACGGGAAAGUCCGUGUAUUUUCUAGGGAAGGAAUGAGUGAGGUACGGUAAGCAGGCUAAUCAGGUUUAGAAUUGGAUUUUUGAUUAAUUUCAACAAAAUUGUUGUUCCUGGGAUGAUUAGGGCCAAGGGAAAUAUUGCCAGAGUGUAAGAGCCCAAUGGGGGAGGAGGUAGGGAUGUGCAGGUAGGGUGGGCUCUGGUACGGUUAGUUUGCAUAUGAAAGUUGUGCAAACUGGGUCCAGCUGUUUGCUGUCAGCCAUCCCUAGGAUAGUCCUGGGGGAUGAUCAGUUCUUCCUUGACUAGUGAGACAGCAUCAAGAAUACAGAUAAUAAAGGGGCGCCUGGGUGGCACAGCGGUUAAGCGUCUGCCUUCGGCUCAGGGCGUGAUCCUGGCGUUAUGGGAUUGAGCCCCACGUCAGGCUCCUCCGCUAUGAGCCUGCUUCUUCCUCUCCCACUGCCCCUGCUUGUGUUCCCUCUCUCGCUGGCUGUCUCUAUCUCUGUCAAAUAAAUAAAUAAAAUCUUAAAAAAAAAAAAAAGAAUGCAGAUAAUAGGAAAAUAGAGUUAAUGCAAACAAUUCUGAUAAAAGUUAAUAACACUAAGACGUUGAAUUUCUUUUUAAAAAGAUUUUAUUUAUGUAUUUGUGAGGUUUUUUUGAAGAUUUCAUUUCUUUAAUUGAAAGAACAAGAGAGAGCAUGAGGAGAGGGAGAAGCCGACUCCCCACUGAGAAGGGAGCCAGACAUGGGACUCAGUCCCAGAACUCUGGGAUCAGGACCUGAGCCAAAAGCGGCUGCUUUACCAACGGAGUAAGAAAGAGGAAAAAUGAAGUGAAAUAUGCAGAAGCCUGUUCAAGUUCAACUGCUGGAUCUGGAAAUGUGAAUAGUGACAAUAUGGAGAAAAAUAUUGACUCUACUUUGCAAUCUUCAACUUCGUUUGAGCCACAUUUCAAAAAAAAAAAAGUAAGUGCAAGACGUUAUAAUGAAGAUUAUUUAAAAUACGGUUUUAUCAAAUGUGAAAAACCCUUUGAAAAUGACAGACCUCAGUGUGUUAUUUGUAAUAAUAUUCUUGCGAAUGAAAGCUUAAAACCUUCAAAAUUAAAAAGACACUUAGAAACUCAGCAUGCUGAACUUAUUGAUAAGCCUCUUGAAUAUUUUCAAAGAAAGAAAAAAGAUGUAAAGUUGUCAACACAGUUUCUUGGUGGUUCUACCACCGUUAGUGAGAAAGCCUUAUUAUCAUCAUACUUAGUUGCAUAUCGAGUAGUAAAAGAGAAAAUGGCUCACACAGCUUCCGAAAAAAUAAUUCUUCCAGCAUGUCUGGAUAUGGUACGUACAAUUUUUGACGACAAAUCAGCUAAUAAAUUAAAAACGAUAACUAGUGAUAACACAGUAUCUCUUCGCAUUUGUACUAUUGCAGAACAUUUAGAAACAAUGCUCCUUGCCCGAUUGCAAUCUGGUAUAGAUUUUGCAAUCCAGCUUGAUGAAAGCACUGAUAUGGGGAGCUGCACAACACUCUUAGUUUAUGUCAGAUAUGCAUGGCAAGAUGAUUUUAUGGAGGAUUUUUUGUGUUGUUUAAAUAUAACCUCACACCUAAGUGGAUUAGAUAUUUUUACAGAAUUAGAAAAGUGUGUUGUUGGUCAAUAUAAACUAAACUGGAAAAACUGCAAAGGAAUUACAAGUGAUGGAGCAGCAAGCAUAACGGGAAAACAUAGCAGAGUAAUUAAAAAAUUGCUUGAAGUUACUAAUAAUGACGCUGUGUGGAAUCAUUGUUUUAUACAUCGUGAAGCUUUAGCAUCCAGAGAAAUCCCACAGAAUCUCAUGGAAGUAUUGAAAAAUGCAGUCAAAGUUGUUAACUUUAUUAAAGGAAGCUCACUAAAUAAUCAGCUUCUUGAAACAUUUUGUUCAGAGAUUGGACCUAAUCAUACCCACUUACUGUAUCAUACCAAAGUCCGUUGGUUGUCUCACGGGAAGAUACUAAGCAGGGUUUACGAACUCAGGAAUGAGAUUCACAUUUUUCUUAUUGAAAAAAAAUCUAAUUUGGCAAGUAUUUUUGAAGAUGAUAUUUGGGUAAUGAAAUUGGCAUAUUUAACUGAUAUAUUUGGCAUUCUUAAUGAACUGAGUUUAAAACUACAGGGGAAAAAUAGUGAUAUAUUCCAGCAGGUCGAACGUAUCCAGGGAUUCCAAAAGACACUAUUGUUAUGGCAAGCGAGGCUUAAAAGCAACCGUCCUAGCUACUACAUGUUUCCAAGAUUUUUGCAACAUAUUGAAGAGAAUAUUAUUAGUGAAAACAUUUUGAAAGAAAUAAAAUUAGAGAUAUUGUUGCAUCUCACUUCUCUGUCUCAAACUUUUAACCAUUUCUUCCCAGAAGAGAAAUUUGAAACAUUAAGAGAAAAGUGCUGGGUAAAAGAUCCGUUUGCUUUUCGAAACCCAGAAUCAAUAAUUGAGUUAAACUUGGUGCCUGAAGAAGAGAGUGAAUUAUUGCAGCUCAGUUCUUCGUAUACAUUGAAGAGCGAUUAUGAAACAUUAAGUUUAUCAGCAUUUUGGAUUAAGGUAAAGGAAGACUUUCCCCUGCUAAGUAGAAAGAGUGUCCCGCUAUUAUUACCAUUCACAACAACUAGCUUGUGUGAGCUAGGGUUUUCAGUCUUAACCCAGUUAAACACAAAGGAAAGAAAUGGAUGGGAUGGUGCAGCAGGUAUGCGGGUAGCAUUGUCCUCCUGUGUUCCAGACUGGAAUGAACUUGUGAGCAGGCAGGCACACCCAUCACAGUAAAUAAACCUUCCCUGAUUUUUGUUUUUGUGUUUCUUGUUUUGUGAUAUUUUUCUACAUUGUAUUUAGAUGUUAAUAUAGCAUUGUAUGUGAUAACUUUGUUUUUAUUUUUGUUAUAUUUAAAUAUUAAUAAAAUCAUAAUGUAACUUUACAUUCAUUGAACAAAAAUUUAAUGAACUUCUGUUAGAGUCCAAGAAUUGUUUUAGAGACAUCGGGAUACCAAAUGAAGAAAGCAAAGGUCAUUCUACAGUGGAACUUAAUGUUCUGGCAGGGAGAGAGAGACAAUAAAUAAGGCUUAGAAUAUUUUAAAGGUAAGUGUAGAAAGAGUAAUAAGAAAGAAGGUCAGGGAACUAUUUGGGGACCAAAUCAUGAAGGGCUCUGUAGCAUCAUAGGGCCUCUGGGUUUUUGUCAGUGAAAUGGAGAGCAAUUGAAGAAGGGCUAUGUGGAGAAAAGACAUGAUCUGAAUUAGGUUUUAAAAGACACUCAGGGGCACCUGGGUGGCUCAGACGGUUGGGCCUCUGCCUCUGGCUCAGGUCAUGAUCCCAGGGUCCUGGGACAGAGUCCAACUUCGGGCUCCCUGCUCAACAGGGAGUCGGCUUCUUCCUCU